AUGAACUUUUAUAAAUUAAAAAAAAAAGGAGAGGAAGAUUAUAAUAAAUAUAUAAGUAAUAAAGAAAAAAAGAAAAAGGUUGAUAAAAAUUUUUUAUAUGAAGAUGAAUAUAUACAUAUUAAGAAAUCAAGAGAUCGAAAAAGUGAGGUAUCAAUAAAUGAUGGUGAGUAUGAAUUAAAAAAAAAAAAAAAUUCAUAUUUAUAUGAAAAUAAAUAUAAUGAUAAUAAUAUGAUGGGAAUAAAUAAUAUGAAUAAUAAAAUAUAUAAAGAUAAAAUGAAUAAACAUAUAUCUAAUCAUAAAAAAAAUCAUAAUAGAAAUAUUCAUAAAGAUAAUAAUGAAGAAUCUAAUUCAGAAGGAUUUCUUUGGAGCUACAUGAAAAAUAUUUAUUCUUCUGUUAGCACAGCUGUUAAAAAUAAUAUUUUUACAAAUGAUAAAAAAAAUAAUAUAAAUGAUAUAUCUUCUUUUAAAACAAAAUCGAUAUCUAAUAAUUCAAGAUUAAUUGAUAAAAAUGUAAAAAAAAAUAAAAAUAAUAGAGAUUUACAUAUUAAUGAAUAUAAAUAUGAUUAUGUACAAGAAAAAUUUAAAGAUAAUAUUUCAUCAUUUCAUAAAAGACAUGAAAAAAAUUAUAAAAAAAUAUAUGAACAUAAUUAUAAUGAUGAGGAAGAAGAUGAUGAAGAUGAAGAAAAAGAAGAAGAAUAUGAUGAGAAGGGGAAAAAAAAAGAAAUACAAAAAAAAAAAAAAAAAAAAAAAGAUCAUAAUAUAUAUUAUGAUUUAUCAGAGAAUGAUUUAAAUUUUUUAUUUAAAUCUGAUAAUGACGAUUAUAAUAAUAAUAAUAAUAUAAAAUAUGAAAAUAAUUUAAUUCAUAUGAAUACUGUAAAGAAAGAUGAAAAAGUAAUGAAUACAUUAUAUAAUGAUAUACUUCAUGUUACUGAUGAGAAUAUAUAUAUGGAUCAUAAUAAAAAAAAAAAAAGUCAAAUUAUAAAUAAAAAUAUUUAUCAUGAUAAUAUUAUUGAACAUGAUAAGUCUAAACAAAAGAAUGGACAUGAUGAGGACAACUUUUUUUUUAAUAAUAGGAAAAGUCAUUUGAAUGUUCAAAAAGGUGUAAGACAAAAAGGAUAUCACGAUAAUAAAAAUAUAUAUGACAAUAAUAGUAAUAAUAAUAAAAAAAAUUAUAGUAAUAAUAAUAAUGAUGUACAUUCCUUUUUUAAUAAAAAGGAUGGACAUACAUCAACCAAUUUAUAUAAUAUAAAUAUAAAUGAUAAAAAUGAUUUCUUCCUACACUCUUCAGAUGAAGAACAGGAAAAGAAAUAUACAAAGAAUUUAGAAAUAAAAAAAGAAAAAACUAACAACCAUGUUAUAUUAUCAAAUAAGAAUUCUGAUGAAAGAAAAAGUAUGGAUCAUAUGAAACAUUCAAAGAGUAGUGUUAGAAAUAUAAAUAUUGUCAACAAUGAUCAUAAUAGAGAAGACGAAAUGAUAUUCAAAACACAUACACAGAAUCAUAAUUCUACAGAAAAAUUAUAUUAUGAAAAUAUUUUUGAAGAAAUUAAUAAAGACACAAACGUUUUACAACAUGUUAAAGAAAAUACAUCAUCUAAUGUAAAAACAAAUAUUGUUAAAGAUAAAAAUGAAAAAAUUAAUAAUAUAGAUAAUAUAGAUAAUAUAGAUAAUCAUAUAAAAAAUAAAAAUAGUGAUAUACAAAACGAUAAAGAAUUACAUGUAGAAUAUGAUAUGUCUUCUAAUUUAUGUGAUAAAAAUAAUUUUUUAAAUACGACCACACCUAUAACAGAUAACGGUUCUAAUGAUGUUUAUAAUAUUAAUAGUAAUAAUCAUUCCAAAAUUUUAAACAAAGAAGAUGUUUUUAAUGAUGACACCAUUAAAGAUAAUGAUGAAUUAAAAAAAUUAAGAUAUGAAUAUAAAAACUUAAUUAAUAUAAUUGAUUCAUUUAUUGAUGAAACUUUAAAUUCUGAUGUACAUAAAAAUUCUCCUGUUUAUAAAGAAAAUGUAAAUAAAAAAAAUGACAAAAUAUAUAUUACAAAUAAGGAUGAUUUUUUAAAUGAUAAAAAUAAUUAUAAUGAUGAUGAUGUAUACAAUAGUUUCGAUGAUGAUUAUGAAAAUAGUAUGAAAUUAAUUGAGGAUACAUCAUCAGAAGAUAAAAAUAAAUAUGUUAUCUUAAAAUAUGACGAAGAUUCAUUAAUUGAAGCAUUAGAGAAAUUACGAAUUGAUAAAAAAAAAAUAAAUAAUAAAUUAAUAAAAUUAAAAGAUAAAUAUCAAGAAGAUAUAGAAAGAGAUGAAUUUGAUGAUGACAAAAAAAAAAAAAAAAUUGAUAAAAAUAUUUUUUUUAAAUGUAGUAAAAAAGAAUAUUAUGAAAAAGCUAUAAUUAUAUUAAAUGAAAAAAUUGAAAAUCGAGUUUUAAUUGAAAAAUUUAAUGUACCUUUAUUAUAUUCACAAAUUAAAUGUCUUAUAGAUACAAGAUGGUUAAAUGAUGAAAUAAUUAAUUUCUAUCUAAGUAUGUUACAAGAAUAUAAUGAACAAUAUAUAAAAAAUAAUUCUCUUACAUUUAUACCCAAAAUUUUUACAUUUAGUACUUUUUUUUUCCAAUCUUUAAAUUUUAAUGGAUCAUAUAAUUAUAGUAAAGUAUCUAGAUGGACAAAAAGAAAACAAGUUGAUAUAUUCUCUUUUGAUUUAAUACUUAUACCUUUACAUGUCGGAGGAAACCAUUGGACUCUUGGUUCUAUUCAUAUGAAAGAUAAAAAAAUAUGUUUGUAUGAUUCUUUGAAUGGAUCAAAUAAAAAAUUCUUUGAAUAUAUGAAAAGAUAUAUAGUUGACGAAAUGAAGGAUAAAAAGCAAAAAGAUUUGGACAUAUCCUUAUGGGCAUAUAGCAAAGAGGGUUUUUCUGAGAAAGGAAUUCCUCAUCAGGAAAAUGGAUACGAUUGUGGUGUGUUUACAUGUAUGUUUGCAAAGUGUUUAAGUUUUAAUCGAGAAUUUGAUUUUAAUCAAAGAGAUAUAAAGGACAUUCGAUUAAAAAUGGCUUAUGAAAUAUCUCAAGGUUGUUUAGUAUUUUAA